UUGUACAUUUUCCGUUCAAUCAUGCAGCGGGUCAGAUUAGCAUUGAUUAUUGUUUUAAGUGGCCUGGUAGCCGUAGAAUGUCAGUGGAAGCUAAACCAAGAGUACAAUUACAAAGUUUUUACGAAGACCCUAGCCGCUUCAAAGGACGAUACGUGGAAUGGUGAAGUAUUCCAAGCUCGUUUGACUCUUCGUCCAGAACCGGAUGGAGUGUGGUUUGGAAAGUUAAGUCGACCACAGUACGCUCAAGUUCAAACGUCGAGAAGGCGUGCAGAUUCGGACUUGAACAACCUAAAUUACAACGAUCUUCCGAUGGAUCAGCCAUUCAACAUUGUAUUGAGAAAUGGGGUUGUCAGAGCGUUGCUGGUUAAUCGCAAAUUGAAUGAAAAUCAAGUUAACCAAUUAAAGUUCGUCGUGAAGGCGGUCAUGAAUCAACUUCAAAUAGACGGAAAUGCACAAAACCGAAUGGACGGAGACAAUGCUGCUUACAAUGUGAACGAGCUAACUAUGAUGGGAAACUGUGAAACGGUCUAUGAAAUUUCUCCAUUGCCACAAUAUUUGGCUCAAUCAAGCCGCGAUUUGGUACCAAUGCCCAGAUUACAGAGGCAAGAACAAUUUAUCGAUGUAGUCAAGAGCAGAGAUUAUAGCCGAUGCAACCAGCAGAACCAACAAAACCAGCAAAGAAACUCUCGUCCGAGCUCUUAUGCAAAUAUAGUUCCAAAAUUCACUGAAGUUAGCCGUAUCAUUCUUUCGGGUUCACUAAGUGAUUACACUGUUCAAUCGUCAGUUACAACAAUGAAAUCGCUUCAACGUUUAAAUGAGCCACUCGAAACUAUUGCCUAUGUUAAUAUAACACUGGAAUCAGUUGAUGAUAACGCCAGAUAUGCUCCAAUUCAGGUCGACACUCUUAUGGACGUUGAAAACAACUAUCCACCAAGGGCUUCCCGUAAAAAUGUUGAAAAUAAUCUUCUUUUGAUGCAGAUAAACUAUCCAGAUUACAAUGGUGAAAUAGAGUACUCCGGUUGUUUUGAGUAUCUCCCCAAUACUUUCAUAGUUUGUAAUAGAGUGUUUGGUGGUGAGUAUGAAAGUAUUCCUGAUGGAGCUAUAGAAUGUGGCUACCUUCGUCUUGGAAGGAAAGCAAAGUGUCAACGUCAAUAUCCAUAUUGUAUGAGAUCAGUCUGUCAACCGUUACUUCAAACUGAUAUGUGCAAGGUAUUCGGUAACGAUUUUCCCGUCCAGAGAGGAACAAUGGAAAUUUGUACCCCAGGUUUCGUAAGUGCAAGAUGUUGUCCUAAUUAACAUUGAAAUAUAUGCAAUGCUGAUCGUGCUCAUUUUAAGAUAAUAAGCUGCUUGAAGACAGCGACGCUUAGAUUUAUUUUUCUUAUAUUUCUCAAAGUCGAUUAAAUAAAAAAUUAUACAAAAAACAU